AGAGAGAGAAGAGAGAGAGAGGAGACGGACGAGGCCACACCACCACACAGCGAGGACAGAGAGAGGAGAGAGAGAGAGCAGGCAAGGGCGCACACUGCUCCUCGCUCUCUCUCUCUCUGUGUGUGCCCGGUGCCCGGGCCCACCUCCUCCCUGUCCCUGUUGUAUACUCUCUCUCGCACGCCAGGGCCAGGGCCAGGGCCAAGGCAGGGAGGGAGGGAGAGCCAGCCACAUCCAAACGCACGCACCAGCAGAAGAGAGCAGAGGGAAAAUCCAUCCCCCGCGCGCGGCGUCCCAGAUCUCGCCGGGCUGCAUGGUAUGCGGCGGGACUAGGUAGGUAGAUGAGGGCGGCGCUGUUGGGUGCCGAGCGGAGCGGGGGAGGUGGGGGAGUGGGCCUCGGCAAGGAUCUGUGCUACUGGCCGCCGGGGAAGCUGCUGGUGGAGCCGCGGUCGGUGCUCGACUGCUCGCGGAGGCUCAGCAGCCCGCCUAACUCCGCCGCAUCGACGCUGUCGUCGUCCCUCGGCGGCGGCGCGGCGGACUCCACCGGCGUGGCGGCGGUCUCGGAGAGCAGCGCCGGCGACGCCGAGGCCACCAAAUGGCCCGACCACGGCGGCGGCGGCGGAGGCUGUGAGCUGCCGCCCAUUCCUGGGGCGCUGGAUGGAGGGGAGGGCUGGGACGCCAUGCUCGGCAGCGCCGCGGCGGCUGCGGCCGCCGGCCAGGACCAGACCUUCUUGAACUGGAUCAUGGGGGCAGCCGGCGACCUGGAGCUGCCCGUACCGCCGCUUCCAAUGCAUCAGCAGCCGCUUGUGGACAAUGCGGGAUUCGGAUUCUCGCCCGUCGACCCGCUCGGCUUCUCGCUGGACCACCACCUCGGCGGCGCCUCCUCCGACCUCUCGUCCUCCGGUGCCAUGUCGCACACGACCACAGGCGGAGGCGGCGGCGGCGGCAGCAAGGCCUCCUCUGCCUUCGGCCUCUUCUCACCGGAGGCUGCCUCUCUCCAGCCCCCGCCGCCUCCCAUGCUGUUCCACGAAGGUAUCGACACAAAGCCCCCUCUCCUCGGAGCGCACUCGCAUGGCCUCUUCAACCAGUAUCAGCACCAGCACCAACCGCCGCCUCCCGCCGCAACCUUCUUCAUGCCCCUCUCGUCCUUCUCCGAUCACAACCAGCGCUCACAACUCCACCAGCCACCGCCCAAGCGCCACCACUCCGUUCCAGAUGACCUCUACCUCACCCGAAACCACCUAGGACCGUCGGCGGCGGCAACCUUUCCCCUGCUACACGGUGCGCUUCCGUUCCAGCUCCAGCCUUCCUCGCCACCGCUUCGCGGGGCGAUGAAGACGACGGCUGCCGAGGCAGCGCAGCAGCAGCUGCUGGACGAGCUGGCUGCGGCGGCAAAGGCAGCCGAGGCCGGUAAUUCCACUGGCGCGCGUGAGAUAUUGGCGCGGCUCAAUCACCAGCUUCCCCCCCUUGGGAAGCCCUUCCUCCGGUCGGCCUCCUACCUCAGGGAGGCCCUCCUCCUCGCGCUCGCUGAUGGACACCACGGCGCCCCCCGCAUCACCUCACCGCUCGACGUCGCCCUCAAGCUGGCGGCUUACAAGUCCUUCUCCGACCUGUCGCCCAUGCUGCAGUUCGCUAACUUCACGGCCACGCAGGCGCUUCUCGACGAAAUCGCCUGCAGCGCCGCUUCCUGCAUCCAUGUCAUUGACUUCGAUCUUGGUGUAGGCGGCCAGUGGGCUUCCUUCUUGCAGGAGCUUGCUCACCGCCGUGGCACUGGCGGCGUGGCUUUGCCGUUGCUGAAGCUGACGGCCUUCGUUUCAGAUGCGUCUCACCAUCCACUGGAGCUUCAUCUUACUCGGGAUAACCUCACACAGUUUGCUGCUGAUCUUGGAACCCCUUUCGAGUUCAAUGCCGUCAGUCUUGAUGCCUUCAGUCCGGCGGAGCUCAUUUCUCCUACUGGCGAUGAAAUCGUAGCUGUUAGCCUCCCUGUUGGUUGCUCUGCUCGUGCACCACCGCUGGCUCUAAUCCUUCAGUUGGUGAAACAGCUUGGUCCCAAGAUUGUGGUCGCUAUGGACUAUGGAGCUGAUCGUGCUGACCUCCCGUUCUCGCAGCACUUCCUGCAUUGCUUUCAAUCCUGCAUGUUCCUCCUUGACUCGCUUGAUGCUGCUGGAAUUGAUGCCGAUUCUGCCUGUAAGAUUGAGAAGUUUCUGAUCCAACCAAGAGUUGAAGAUGCGGUACUUGGGCGGCGCAAGACCGACAAAGCAAUGUCAUGGCGGAAUGUGUUUGCUGCUGCUGGCUUCACACCUGUGCCGCUCAGCAAUCUUGCAGAGGCACAGGCUGACUGCCUCUUGAAGCGGGUUCAGGUCCGAGGCUUCCACGUCGAGAAACGCGGGGUUGCGCUCACUCUCUAUUGGCAGCGCGGCGAGCUUGUCUCUGUAUCAGCAUGGCGGUGCUGAUGAUCAUUCGCCGCCACCACCGUUUGCAGGCAUCUUCAACUCCAGUAAUGUUCAUUUUGUCUUGCAAUUAAAAUGUUGCGAAGGAAACUAUUAUCUUGGUUGUUGGACACCCCGUAUUGCUUUUCAUCGCAACUUAUUUAGCUAGGACUAGUGGAUUUAGCAACAUUUGUGUCGGUAACUCUAUAGUGUAAUGAUGUUGCUCUAGGUUCUUACCACGAUGUUCAAACUCUCUGCUCAUUUAGCAUUUAUCAUGUCAUUUCAAGGAUUGCUUGUGAGUCGAGAGGAUAAUUUAACCAGUGGAACUGUUCUAUGGUACAGUAUUGAUAUUUGCUCAUGUUGCUUUUGUUA